AACAUGCUGCAGGCUAAGGCAGCAUCACUAUUGUUGACAUCUGUGAAAACUAGGAAGGUGGUCUGAAGAGUAUGGAUUUUGCUAAAAUACAGUAUUUGGCCAGCUAGAAAAAUAGUAGAUUACCUUUAUGAAUGUACAUGGCACUGUUAUUAAGGUUACCAUUGAUUACCAUUCUAUAUAGCUUCUGAUUUGUGGAUAUAGCUCUUUAAAGAGCUAACCUAGGAAAAAUAAUGAAAACAUUAGGUAGAAUCUAGCAAAAUAAAAAUGGAGAAGAAAAUUAAUAAAGACAUGAACUAGGGUAGAAAAUGCAAAAUUUAAACUGGGGUGGUAGUAAAAGUAUGUGGAGCUAGUAAGAGUGCUCUUGCAGAAAAUAAUCAUCUAAUGUAAGUCAUGUUUAUUGAGUACUUAUUAGACACUAAAUUUAUUACUUAUACUAGCAGAGUAAAUUCUUAUACUGACUCUCCACAUUUGAUAUGAUGGUUUUUGUCAUUUUAAUGUAUAUAAGUUCAUAUUCUAUGGCACCUGUAUCUGACUUCAUAUUUUACUUAAUACAUUUUUCCUCCAGAUCAAUCAGUUUUGUUGCAAAUGGCAGAAUUUCCUUAUUUUCAAAGACUGAGUAAUAUUCAGUUGUGUGCAUGCACAGAUGAUUGUUUAUGAAUUCAUUGUUGAUGGGUAUAUAGCUUGAUUCUAUAUGUUGUCUAAAAAGAAUGAUGCUGAAAUAAACAUGGGAGUGAAGAAGUUUUCUUAAAAAUAUUGAUUUAAUUUCUUUUAGAUAUAUAACAGAGAAGGGAUAUUGAAUCAUGUGAUAGUUCUAUUUUAAUAUAUAUCAUAUAUAUUUUAUAUAUUUUAAUAUAUAUAUAAUAUAUAUUAGAAACUGCAAUCCUCUUUGUAUAGAGCAACAUCAAUCUAUAUUCCCUCCAAUAAGAGAAAAAAAUCCCCUUUAUCUCUACAUCUUCAUUAACACUUGUUUUUGUUUUGUUUUUUUUUUGAAUUGUUGUAAAAAGCUCUUUGUAAUGCCUUGAUUGAUUAUUUCAUGGUAGUUUAUAUUUUUCAUUUCUCUGGUGAUUGUGGUAUUUACACCUCUUCUUACACCUCUAUUUUGCCAUCUAAAUUUCUCUAUCACUUAAUUAAAAUCAUCACAUGUAAAUGUAUUUCAAUGAUAAUAUUUAUUUUCAGAGUUGGUCAGUUUUGUUCAUACCUCUUCCAAUAUCCAUCUAUUUUUGACAUUAACAUAUAAAGGUUGUAGGACCAAGUUUCUAUAUUUUCUUUAUUUGAGAAAUAUCAAAUAUUCAACAUCUUCAAGCUGAAUGCCUUUUAUAUAAAAUGAGACCCACAUUUUUAGACAAAACAUGACAUUUUACUUACCAGGAGAUUUAUUUACCAGGCAAAAUAACAACAAUAAUUCCUUCAAGGGCUGAAUCAUGCACACUUCAAACCACAUGGAGUUGAUAAUCCAAAGCAGGAUGUUUCAUAAUUCUCUUUUCAUUUUUAUUCUUCCCACGUAUCUUUAAAGUCGGUUAAAUCCUUCUAGAUUUCAGCAGCCUUGAGGCAAUGAUCCAACUCCCUAAGCUAAAAUUUGUUUACCUCAAAAGAAGGGUCAUGGGCCCAGCUGAGUCAGCCUUUGGGGGAUUUGAUUCUCUGUUCUGAUGCUCUGCUCUCUUGUCUUGGAUAAUUAAGAGGUGACUAAAUGGCCCAUGUAAAUGGAAAUAUUUAAAGAGAGGCUGGUUGCCCACUUAUUUUCACAACAUCUGGGAAGGAUUUGAAUCAAAUCACUGGCUCCUAAAUGAUGCUUCAAGGACAAAAGCAAUGUUGACUGUAUCCGAGUCAUAUGGGAAUCUUUGUGAAAAUAGAAUUUUCUGUCCUUACCUAAAACAUGUUGAAUCAAAAUCUCUAGAGGAAACACCUGGAAAGCUGUAUUCAUUGUUUGCUAUUGUUGUUUUAAGGAAAAAGUCUUCCUCACAUGGAUCUGAAGAUCCAUUAUGUUUGGGAAAUAGUGGUGGAAAUCAGAGUUUCCAAGACUUAACUGAGUUUAAUUGUUAAAAUACAGGUCCUGAGGGAGGGGCUGAGAUUCUUCUGAAUUUCUAACAAGCUCCCAUACUUGUUGGCUUAGACUUUUUUUUUUUUUUUGUAACAAAGUACUGGAUUAUUUGUCAAGUUUCUUCUAGUUUUACUUUUCUGCACUUUCUAGAACAGUGGUUUUUAACCUUCCUAAUGCUGCAACCCUUUAAUACAGUUCCCCAUGUUGUGGUGACCCCUCAACCACAAACUUAUUUUUGUUGUUAUUUCAUAACUGCAAUUUUACUAAUGUUAUGGAUCACAAUAUAAAUAUCUGCAUUUUCAGACAUACCCUGGAAAAGGGUCGUUUGGUCUCCAAAGAGGAUGCAAUCCGUGGGCAGAAAACUGCUGUUACAGAACCUGUAGCAUAUUACCCCCACUCACAUCAAAAUUCUAUUAAGACUAAUAUAUUUUUAUACAUGUGCUUUAUUUUUUUAUUUACCUAUAUAAAAUGGAUUUUGAUCAUACACACACACACAACUCCAUUCCACCUUCUCCAGGCCUCCCCAACAUGGCUCCCUCACAUCUUUGUCAUCUCCUGUUUUGUUUUGCUUUUUUAAAUAAUACACUGUGUCCAUUGCAAUCUGCCCAUAUGUACAUGUGUUUGGAGCUUCCACUGGAGGGUGGGCAACCUACAAGUAGCCAUACCAACAAAGAAAAAGAUUUUCUCUCCCCUUUGCAGUUAUCAACUGCUUAAAACUCCUCAUCUAGGGACAAGGCCUUGUUCAUACUGAAAUUUUGAUUGGAUUAAUCUUGAGCAUGUAAACCUAGCUCCAUAUAAAUUCAUGACUGCAGAAAGAAUCUCAAUCCACAUAUAGGAUACCCUCCAUAUGGGUUAUUGGUAAGGGAGUCUCUAGAGAAACACCUCCUCAAAGAAAAACAUAAGUCAGUUUAUUGCCAUUGUUCAUGAUUGCCCACUGUAAUUAGAUGGUCAUAUCCUAUUAUUGCUAAAGAUAACACUUAUUUUAGUUGUAAUUGAUAUAGGAAUUAAUUUUAAACUUACUUGGAAGCUUCCUCCUGGCCAGCCAGCUUUUAUUGUAAGGGUGAUAACAUUUAAGAUUCUGGAAGAAAAAGACACUAGUAGACUUCUCCAUGUUGUAAUACUAACUUGGGGGCUGGGGCUGGGGAAGACUUGCACUACAGUGCAAUAGUGGCAUAAAUAUUGGGAAAAUAAACAACUACAUUCUGAUUGGGUUUAAAGUCUGCUCCACAAAAGGAAAUUCAUGAGUGACACUGUAAACCUUACUAAAAGCCUAUGGCUAGAAAAGCCACCAUCCCUAGAGGGGAAUCUACUGUGUUCUUUGGCUAAAUAAAGCAUGAUCAUGUUAAAAUACCUUCUAAAUAUGUGUUUGUACCCACAGAUCUGUGGUGCUCUCAACCUUGGUUAGAAAAGCUUCUUUUUGCAGUGCGAAGCAAUUAAUGCAGAGACUCAUAACUGACAAAAAUGCUAAGUUGUGACUUCUUAGCCCUAAGCAAGAUAUCUGUAUCACCGAAACAGUGAGGCUCUGGGAAUAUCAUGGAAAAGAAGAGUAAAGAAUAUCUGAAAAAUCUGGCAAAAAAAAAAACCAUCAAAGUCAGUCGUCUUCGAAUAGUGGCAGAGCUGACCUGCACUGAAGCAAACGUUUCUUCUGUGUGUGCCAGACUUCUCCCCAUAAAAGAACAUGAAAUGUCCUUCCAAACACCUGUAAAGUGAUGACCAACAUAUGGGAAUUUGAGAAGCUGAUGUAUGAGACAGUUAUGAAUCAAGUGAGAAAUAUCCAAUUUCCAUGAUGUCCUGGAAGUCCUUACAACAAAAUAAACAGGACAAGAAAAUUUUAACAACCUUUCAUGUGUACUUGCACAAUGGAUUUCUGUGGUUGUGUAUACAAAUCUGAGGCAUAAAUAUAGCCAGGCUUUUUUAACAUUCCCAAAUCAUAUGUAGAGGGUAACAAUUGUAGAAAAAAGUUAUUUUAUACUCUGCCUCUCUGAACCACUGACUUCUGGGCAGUACAGAAGUUACUUGUAGAGUUAGAUUUUGAGUGACCAGUAGACAAAGAAAAUUUCUCUGAAAAUAAUCAUGACUGAUAAUUUUACAUGUAACAAGACUGAUGGAGACAAUACAGAUUUUAGAUACUUCAUUUAUGCAGUAACAUACACUGUUAUUCUUGUGCCAGGUCUCAUAGGGAACAUAUUAGCCUUAUGGGUAUUUUACGGCUAUAUGAAAGAAACCAAAAGGGCUGUGGUAUUUAUGAUAAACCUAGCCAUUGCUGACUUACUACAGAUUCUCUCUCUGCCACUGAGGAUAUUUUACUACUUGAACCAUGACUGGCCAUUUGGUCCUGGUCUCUGCAUGUUUUGUUUCUACCUGAAAUAUGUGAACAUGUAUGCCAGCAUCUACUUCUUGGUCUGCAUCAGUGUGCGAAGAUUUUGGUUUCUCAUGUACCCCUUUCGUUUCAAUGACUGCAAGCAGAAAUAUGAUUUGUAUAUCAGCAUUGUUGGCUGGCUGAUCAUCUGCCUUGCCUGCCUACUCUUUCCUCUCCUCAGAACCAAUGAUGAUACUCCAGGUAACAGAACCAAAUGCUUUGUGGAUCUUCCUAUCAGGAAUGUCAAUCUGGCCCAAUCAGUUGCCAUGAUAACUAUUGGAGAAGUGGUUGGAUUUGUUACUCCUCUUAUGAUUGUUUUAUACUGUACUUGGAAGACAGCUUUGUCAUUACAAAAUAAAUACCCCAUUUCUCAACAUCUUGGAGAGAAAAAGAAAGCCCUGAAGAUGAUUCUAACCUGUGCAGGGGUGUUUCUAAUUUGCUUUGCACCUUACCACUUCAGCUUUCCUUUAGAUUUUCUGGUUAAGUCCAAUGAAAUUAAGAGUUGCUUAGCAAGGAGAGUGAUUCUAAUAUUUCAUUCUGUGGCCUUGUGUCUGGCAAGUCUGAAUUCCUGCCUUGACCCAGUUAUAUAUUAUUUCACCACUAAUGAGUUCAGAAGACGUCUUUCAAGACAAGAUUUGCCUGAUAGCAUCCAACUCCAUACAAAAUCAUACAAAAAUGUGAGUAACCAUGCCACUUCUACCAUGGCAGCUGAUCUAUGCUAAAGAAAACCCAGAACCAAACAUGGCCUGGAAUGCAAAUACCAGAACACAUUCGUAGUACCCCAUCAAGACAGUAUUCUCAGAAAGUAUUCAUAACCUUUCAGAGUGGUCUAUAUUACUUACAAUGGAAUGCACAUAUUUAUGACAAUACCUGUUUAGAAUACUGUAUUUCAAUAGUCAUUGCUGGUGACAUGUCCAUGCAGUAAUGUUGGACCAAGUCUUUAAGACUUAAGUGGUAAAAUUUUGAUAACACUGCACACAUAUGCUCUUAGCUAGAGUCAUCAGUUUCAUCUGUGAAUCUAAGUCACAAAGAGGUUACUCUCUCAAGCCCAUUUUAAGCACUGAGUUUUCUUACCUCAGAUGCUGAAUCUAUGUUCAAAAGGUAUGUAAUUGUCCAUUUGUAGUAGUGAUCACAGUUUUAAUUCCAACAUAUUUGAUUGUGUUUAAAGUAAGGUGGGCAAAACUUGAUGUAUAUAUAAUGUUACAAAAAAUAGGGUAAUUGUUAUCUAUCUCUCAGAUGUGAUUCCAUUCAAGGAUUUGAAACUCCAAUGCUUGAUUUCUUCAGUUAGUUUCAAUAUGAAACAUCAUCUGUCACAUUACUUGUUGAAUGAAGUUCUAAAAUCAGGCUUCAUUACACUUAAACUAAGAACAACAAAAUUCAUGAUACACAGUAAUCCUCUGUUAUUGUAUAAAAUGCUACAUUGAAUAUUCCCAUGGCAGGUAGUUUUCUACAGUUGACCCAAGAUGACUCAGAUGACUUUUAUGUUUUAGAGAAAGGACAGAGAUAACAAUCACAAUUCUGGCUCUCUGAAAAUAGGUUCAUAGAAUACCUUCAGAAUUCUAUGAACUGGUCUAGGAGAGGUAUAGCUUUUCAUCAUAAUUUAGAAUUACAUAGAAGAAAUCUGACAGGUUAUAACUGUAUUUACUGAGCCUAUGGAAGAAACAGUGAACCAAUUAGUCACUGAGCUUGGACAGAGUGAAAUUAUGAACCAAAGUGAAGUAUAAGUCUUAAAAAUCACUAUUUUUCUUUAAAUAUUUCCCAAGGUAAGUGGUGCCUAUUAAGGCAUCUACACAAGUCAGAGUAAGACAUAAAGACAGUGGUCAUGUGGGCAUUUAAAUAUGCAUUUUCCAGUUAAGUUAUGAUUAUUAAGCCUAUAAAGAUUACCUUUCAGAAAAUGCCAGAAGCAAUUCUUUCACCUUUUGAGAAAAGUGUAGAUCAUUCAAGCAGCCUUACAUACUCCUUAUAAAAGCUAUGCCUACUAUCUGUUUGGUACUACUGAGCAGGAAAAACUCGGGUAUGUGGCUCUAAGUACUGGAACAUUCUGAAGCAUGAUAUACAUUGUAAAAAAAGAUUACUUUUAGAAAUAUUGUAAUAAGAGAAUGUGGAGAAAACAUUCUUUACAUUGAAAAAAUAUAGAAAUCAAGCAAGAAACACACACACACACAUACAUACAGUUUAGUUUUAGGUAUAUAGUUAAUGAUACUAUAUGUUUUGGGGGAAACUAAUUAAAUUGACAUGAAUUUUGGCUUCUAAUACUAGUGAGAAACUUCUAAAGUUUUGUCUGAGUAAGUAAAACAAAGUAUUGCUUAUGCUUAUACAGUUGAUUAAAAUAAUGUAUUAGAAAAAUGAAUUUAUGCUGCUAGCAACAGUAUAUUUAUAUAUUUUGUAGUUAUUCCUUGUAAUGUAUACAUGUUUUGAUGUAUUAAAUAAGUGUUAUUUUGUUUUCAAAAGAAAAA